AGAAAGAAAAACAAAGCUCACAAGAACUUUUUUUUUAUUAUUUAUAAGUUAGUUUGUAGUGUUUCUAAUGGCACGUUUCGAACCAUAUAAUUAUAACAUUGGUCUUAACCCUUUGUUAGCACAAGUUAACCAAAAUCCAGAGCUAAUAAGUCUGGACUCACCAGUUUAUACUCCUCCUUCCAGUUUCAUGCUUUUCUCCAAUGGAGCUAUAGUUGAUGCCCAUCAUAAUAAUUCUCACUUCUCCUCAAAUUUACUACACGGUGAUUUGGGAAGAAAAGGCAAAAGAGAAGAGAUUGGGUCAAAGAGAAAAAGAAAGAGGUCGGAGGAGGAAGAAUCCGUGAAUGAAGAUGAUAUUCAGAAGCCAAGAGAUGUAGUUCAUGUCCGAGCUAAGAGAGGCCAAGCUACUGAUAGCCACAGUUUGGCUGAAAGGGUACGAAGAGAGAAGAUAAAUGAAAGGCUGAAAAGCUUACAAAGCCUCGUUCCCGGCUGUUACAAGACAAUGGGAAUGGCAGUGAUGCUUGAAGUCAUCAUAGAUUAUGUUCGAUCACUGCAGAAUCAAAUCGAGUUUUUGUCCAUGAAACUCUCAGCGGCCAGUGCCUACUACGACCUCAAUUCUUUGGAUAUUGAACCAACGUAUAUGUCUCAGGGAUGGAAUAUGUAUAGUGCUGAAGAGAUGGAAAGGAUCAUAAGAGAAAGUGUUGGAACACAGCCUCCUAAUUUCAGUUCAACAUUUCCCUUUGGUUCUUAAGAAAAUCAUCAGAGAAACUGUUCUCUUCUCCUAUAAUUAAACUCUUUAAAUGUUUAUCAUAAUUGUAUAACCUAUAAGUGUGUAAGACUGUGUAACUUGAUGAUAAAGUUAUGUGCCAAAAAAACUCUAUAUUAAAAUAACAUGCAUAUGAUUUUGAUAUUACAAGGGAGAGGCACAGCAAUAAAGACUUUUCCUUUCAAACACAUACUCACACUUUCAACUUCCAACUACAGUAUUUUGUUCUGCUCACUGAAGACAAAUCUGGUUCAAAGCAUCAGCGACAUGCUUCAUCGAUGGACGUUUCUCGGGGAUAACACUAACACAGGCCAUUGCAACCUUUAGCACAGCGAUGACCUCUUCUUCAAUCUCUGUGUCCUCAGGCACCAAAUACGGAUCCAAAAUGUCUGACAUCUCUUUUUUCUCAUCGAUACACAUCUGUAUCCACUUCACUAUCUCCAUCUCCGAUUUACCAACAUAAACAAUCGGUAACCUCCCCGUUAUCAUCUCUAGCAAGAUAACCCCAAACGAGUACACAUCCCAUUUCUGUGAUGGCUUCACUGUCGCUUUCAUGGCUUCAGGAGCCUGAUAAAACGAGCUCAAGUUUGUAGUUGAACCAAUCGAUGAGGCCUUCUUGUUGGAUGGUCGGUCGUUUGUGGUUGAUUCUAAUGAUCCGGCGAUGCUAGAGAGGUGCAUGAGUCCGAAAUUCGAGAUAUGAGGCUCCAUGUUCUGCCCGAGAAGUAUAUUGCUGAGUUUCAGAGAUCCAUGAACAUACUUCUUGGGGCUAAACUCGUGAAGAUACACCAACCCUCUUGCGGCUCCUCUCAUUAUCUUUAACCGAACUUCCCAAGACAGCGGCUUGAAUGACACCAUACCGGGAUUACCGUGGAGUGCAUUUGCAAGGCUUCCAUUAGUAAUGUAGUCGUAGAUGAGAAGCUUCUCUUCCACUGACCAAUAAUAAGCUUUGAGACUGACGAUGUUCGGAUGCCUUAGCCUCCCGAUUGCUUCGACUUCUGUCUGAAACUCCUUGCACCUUUGGGACCCUCCUUCUCCCAAUCUCCUAACAGCUACGGUUAAACCAUCUUCGAGGACGACUUUGUACACAAUCCCGUUCCCGCCUUUCCCAAGAACGAAAGCCGAAGCCUUGAGCAGCUCAUCUAAAUCCAAAGCCAUGUGUUUAUCCAACAGGACAAGAUCCUGCUGUUGCGGCUCAAGAUUCUCUGAAGAAGGGCUCUCUGAUCCGUCUUUCCCAAAACAGAAAGAAGGUUUCUUUUCUUUCCCUUCUUUCUCCAGCACAUAGCCUUCCUCAUCCACGCUGUUACGGCGCGAGCAGAGCUUCAAGUAGCAACAAGAGAAGAGAAACCCAACAAUGCAGAUUCCAAUGGCGUCACAGACCACGAUUGCAACAACGGCGGAUUUGCUUAGACCUCCUCCUUUCUUGGACCUUCCUUCACCAUUGUCGUGGUUCUCCGGUACAAAAGGGUGAGAUGUUGGAGAAGUAUCUGUAUUUGGCAGACAAGGAUCCUUCAAUGGAGGGCCACACAGCCUCGGGUUCCCCAAGAACGCAGUUGGUCCUCUGUUAACCAGAGCACCGGUUUGUGGGAUUGGUCCACUCAAAUUGUUGUGAGCUAAAUCAACAUACACUUUCUCAGGAAGAUUCCCCAAGCUAGCUGGAAUCGAGCCGCUAAACGAAUUGUGAGACAAAUCAAGAGUUCCUUGCAAUCUAGUCAGAUUACCCAAAUCAUCAGGAAUUAGACCAUUGAGAUUGUUGUAAGAAAGGUCAAGCUUUUGUAAAGAACUCAAAGCAUGACCAAAUCCAUUAGGGACAGAACCAGUGAGGUUAUUCUGGCUCAAAUCGAAGCUCCUAAGCCUCUUACACCGCAGAAUCGAUUCUGGGAUCCACCCAUUUAGAGAAUUAUGCGAAAAAUCCAAAAUUUGCAGGAGCUUUAGCUCCCCAACCUCGUUUGGAAUCGACCCAGAUAAGGAAUUCCCAUAAAGAACCAAACUUUGAAGCCGUUGAGCUUGAAAGAGCUCAACGGGUAAGCUCCCACUAAGCUCAUUGCUUCUUAGAUUCAAAUGGCGGAGAUUAGAGAGUAAACCCAGAGAGGAAGGAAGAUGACCUACAAGUUUCUUCUUGGGGAUGCUAAGAGAAACGACAACCUUCUGAUCAUCACAAGUGACUCCGUUCCAAGAGCAAGGGUUUUGAUUCUCGGAGUUCCAAUUGCUUAAAGAACCAUCUGGAUCUCUGGAAAUGGACUGCUUCAGAGUCAGUAGUGCAUACCCUUCGUCGUUCAGAGCAUUCAAUUCGACAUUGAAGUUGCAGAUAAGAAGAACCAAGAGUAAAAGCGAUCCCACCGACAUUUCCGAGGAAUCGGUAAUAUAAAAAAUAGCCGAAUUUCGACAAGGAUUUACUUUUCAGAGGCAGAAAUCAAGGAGAGAACAGUUUGCGGAGAUUGAUUGAGAGCGAGCUGGGAAAGAGAGAGAGAAGUGAGAGUGUGAAAGCAUGGAAAAGGAGAGUGUAGAGACGUUGAAAAUGUGAGAUUCGGC